AUCCCGACUGGCGAAGGCUGCUGCGACGCUAAACAAGCGAUGCUCCGAGAGAGAGAAGAUUAGUUCGAGCUGGAUGUUUCAUAAUAUUGGAUCGGUUGCGCUCGGUCACCGGACAAACGGCACUAGGGCAUCCGUUCGCAUCCUUUCGCAGCAUUAAAAGCCCCCCCGCGUACUAACCGUGCGUGUGUGUGUGUUUGUGUGAGGUGAGGUGUGCAUGUGUGUAUUUUUUAUCGAGAAAAAAACAAUACUGAUGUUUAAUCAACAAAUCGUUAAAACAAAUCCGUGAAACCCCUACCGUUGCCAAUUUUUGGUGCCAAAAAAAGUGUGUGAAAGUAAUUGUCGGCCAAGUGUUGUGUGAUUUUUUUUUCUCUCUCAAAGAAGGGUGAUUUUUUUUCCUACAUCCAACAAAUUUUCCGGAUCGUGUUGUGCCAAAAGCUUGCCAAAAAAGCAAUCCGCUUCCAUGACUACGAUCGACAACGGUGCAAAGCUGGAGGUCCCGUCCCGUCCAUUCGUGCCCGAACGUUGGCCACUUUCGAGCCCGGGAAGCGCCGAACUUUCGUGUGUGUAGGCGUGUCCUGGUUCCGGUUUUCGUGUUUCGUCAACCCCCGGGUCACUGAAAGGUCGGCAAUUCCAAAAAAAAAACCCUCCACUUUCCAACAAAAGCACAGGUUUAUUGGAGGAAAAUUUCACCACCAGAGAGUACUGUUGAUCGAACACCUAUCCGGUUCGGUGAACCGGAAAGCGAACAAAUUGGACCAAUGAGACCCGGAUUUGGGACUGACUGAUGAAUGAACCGGGAGGCCAACUGAUUUGCUGCCCGUUCCAGACAGUGCUGGUCAGCGAGGGAAUUUAGUUUAUCAUUCCGGAAGUGUCCGUUUGCUAGUGCCCGGGUCGUCUCGAUUCAAUUUUGGGUAGCGGUACGGCACGCACGCAAGGGAGUGGCUCAUUUGCGUCGUUGUGCGACCCCCUCCCCCCGGAAGAGACGGACCUGGAAUGCUGAUUGCGGCAUAGGAUAAAAGGAGCGACCGUUCAAAAAGGGACACUCGACGAAAGAUAAGAGCUAAUGCACCACUGUGACUACGAGUGACGUCUAACGGACACUGUGUGUUUUCGGGUGGAGCAGACUCUGGCUACUUAAAGUGGCGGCACGGAGAAUUCGGCCUAGAGUGGAGCUUGCAAGAGAUAAUUCACCUACAAUCCUUACGUGUAAACCCUCAAAAUGACACUCAUCAUAUCGUGGAUCUUCAUACUCGGACUGAUCGUACCAGAUCUGUCAUCGAGCCUGCUGCACUGUCCGCACCGGUGCCACUGUGACGAUGAAAAGCUGGACGUAAACUGUGAGGAAGGCCAUCUGGACGUACUGCCGAUCGCGCUCAAUCCCUCGAUCCAGCGACUCGUAAUAAAGAACAACAAGAUCCGCAUCAUUGACUCAUCGAUCCAGUUCUACUCCGAGCUGACGCUGCUCGAUCUUAGCUUAAACUAUUUGUUCAACAUCCCGGAUCGUACCUUCGGCCACCAGCGUAAGCUGCAGCAGUUGCAUCUGAACCACAACAAGAUCAGCACUAUCUCGAACCGAACGUUUGUCGGGUUGGGUGAGCUGUUGGUGCUGAAUCUGCGAGGGAAUUUGAUCGAUCAGAUCGAUGCCCUAACGUUUACACCGUUGGCAAAAUUGGAGGAGCUAAACCUCGGUCAGAAUCGAAUCGCUAGCGUUGGGUUGUCCGUGAGUGCGUUUGUGGGCAUCGGUGAUCUCAAGAUACUGCUGCUGGACGACAAUCUGCUGAGUGUGAUUCCUUCGGCGGAAACGCUCCGGCCCAUCGAUAAGCUGGCUGAGCUGUACAUUGGCACCAACUCGCUCGUGACUGUGGAGGAUGGAGCGUUCCAGGUCCUCUCGGAACUUACGCUGCUGGAUCUGAGGAGUAGCUUACUGCCUAACGUAUCGGAAGGUACAUUCAGCGGGAUCGAGAACCUGAAGUCACUUAACCUAGCCGAUAAUCGAUUCGUGCACGUGCCAUCGUCACCGCUCGCUGUACUGCGUCGACUAGAAGAGCUGGAAAUUGGACAGAAUCACUUCGAGUCGGUACCGGCUCACGCAUUUCGUGGACUGCCCAAUCUGAAGCGGUUCGAGCUGAAGGGUUCCCUGUACUUGCGACGUAUCGAGCGUGCUGCCUUUCAAACAAACACAAACCUAGAAUCGAUAGUAAUCGAAUCGAACAAAGCACUGACCGUGCUGGAAGAAGCCACGUUCGCUGGAUUGCUUUACCUGAAGCAUUUAAGUCUACGCAAUAACGGACUCGAACGGCUGGACGAAGGUAUGCUGUCGUGGAACAGUUUGCGCACGGUCGACAUCUCCGAUAACCCGAUCAACUGUGAUUGCUACUACUCAAAACUGUUGCAACGACUUCAAUCGGCUGCUCGCGUCAGUUACAACGCAACCGGGUGUCCCCAUCAUCUGCCCGAUCAGUGGGAGUGUGAGUAUAUGCUGGAGAAGAACAAGAACCUGAUCUCCGUUGUGGUACCGCUGGUCGCGAUCGUCACUGCAAUUGCGUUGGCUUUCUAUCGCUUCCGUGGACUGCUGCGUGAGUACGUGAAGAAUGGUUGCAAGAGUAAGGCAGCGGCGAGUACAACACCGGCCGGACCGGCCGGCAUGCCCGUGCUGCCUCCGAUCGGCCGUUCGGAGCUUUCAACCGUGGUGGACUACGAGAAAACGCUCGCCGAUGAUGACUACGUUAUACGGUCCAGCAACCUGUACCAUGGGGGCGUCGGACAGCCCAUCCUCAACGGCUACCCGUUGUAUCUGCAGCAGAACCCGAGCGUUUACUACAACAAGCCACUACCGAUUACCGAGUUAUAGUAUUGAAGGUUGGAGGAAUGCGACGCUAGCGUGUAAGUUGGUUCUCGCUAACGGGCAGUCCGUACUCCUAAGAGAUUGAUAAUUUUUCAACCGCAAACCUCAAUUCCAUUUCACUUUAAUUUAUUUAAGAACGUACGUUAAGUUCGUAUGAUGAAAGGGGGUGAAAUUGGCCACGGAUACAUACCGAAGACAUUCCAACUGAUCGUUCCAUUACGAUCGAUUCUGAAGUAGGUCUUAAGUUGAUUGUGAUGUUUUGUUCAGAUAAUCGUGUACAUUUAAGAACGAGUUUGCUGUAUGAUAUUGCUUAGAGUCUAUUUCGUAAUGAUUAAGUCGUACAAUAAGUUUGGGAGACGAUAGUUUUAUUCUGAAACGUACAGGUCUUGCCUUGACUGCAUGAUGAGAGGGCCAUCAGUACUUUGAGACUAAUUAGACGAGUGGUGAGUGUGGAGGUUCGUAGCAUAAGCAAUAGGAUCACUGUCAACUAAACUUUCUCUCUAUCUCUCUUUCGCGCGCGCUCUGUGUGUGGAGAAAAAGGACAGAGACUUAAUACUUACCGUCAGCGAACAUUGGAAGAGGUUUUGCUUCCCAAACUUACAAAUGCAACUCAACAGCAAUAAUAAAAGAUUUAAACUAAACAAAAUCAACCUACGAUAGCUCUACUAGACAUGAAUGUUUAAACCAAACAAAAAAGCAACUCAGUCCCCUCUUUAUCACUAGCUGCACUGCAUCAUUAACGCCUUCCCCUAGUACUUACUAUUCCGUAGCGUGGAACACAUAUUCCAUAAACAUGCAAACUCUUGAGAGGAACGAAAACUUGCCCACUUCAUGCCCAAAAAACUUGCUCCAUUCUAAGCUCCGAAUUUCAAUUUAAUCAAAGUUAAUUGCUUUUUUUCUGUGUGUGUUUACCAACCAACAAUUGAAACCUUCCGACCAUUUCACCUGCGUAUCAUUUUCAGCCAAGCACAAAUGCCACGAUACAUACGGAGUCCUGCAAAUGGUACUCGCUCACAGGUCACGGGUCCUUUCUCGCGGUAAUUGUAAUUAUAAUGUGUUGAAGUGUAACGAGAGUGAAUGCAGCAAAGGAAAAACUCGGGCAAAACGAAAAGUGCUGCAACAAACACGUCGCUUCCGACCGUUUUGGUAGAUAAAGUGGUAGAAUUUAAUCCCUUCUUGCAGUAAUCCGAAGACGCACGCGACGUCGUCGCUUCCCGGUGAAACAGAAAUUGAAAGGAUAAACCCGGCAGAAGGCAACGACUAACCACAAUCCGUUUGCUUUUUACUGCUGGUGGAAAAAAAACCCCGGUGAGCCCCUAGGAAUGGUGGAAAAGUUCCACAUUUGCCAUGAUUAUCCGUUUGUUCCUGCAGCCUUUUUCUCGUCCAGUUUUCCCGAGGCCAGGGGAUAUUGGAAUGCUUUCCCCCGCCUGUUUGUGUGUGUGAGUUUGUGUGCUUGUAACAGACGUUGGUCUGUGUUUCAAGUGGUCCGACUCCGGGAAGCGAAGGGCUUUUUGCUGCCAGCCCCUGUUUUUUUUUGGGAGAGGCUAAACUUUUUACCCUACGUGCGGUUAGGGAUGCGUGUCGUUGGGUGGGAAAGACGUGGGCCAGGUAGCACACAUUCCUGGCAUGGGUGGGGGAAGUGGAACGAGGUUGGACAGGAAAAAAGGCUCCAGCUACUCUGUCUGGGUCUAUUAUUUUUUUUUUGUUUCGUUCACCAUGGAUAGGGAAAACCCCGGCACCAAGCACCAAGGAUCAGGGUGAUACCGAUGAAGGUGAUGAUGGUGAAGAUGAUGGUGGGAAAAAUUAAAACAAACGAUUUGCGAGUGACUCGCUUGCACACAUCGAGCGCCUACCGUGCCCGUAGUGUUCUUAUCGGUGCUUUCACGGACUGGCGCGGCCAGGGAAACCCCGGUCCGAAAAAUUAAAGCGAGCAACCAGGCGCCUCCAUCGCAAUGUGUGGUGCUUUAAGCACAAUAUUCACAUUGUUUUUAAGAGAUUUUGUUGGUGUGUGUGUGUGUGCAAAUACUGGUGGUCGUCGUCAUUGUUUUCUGGUCCCAACUUUAGUCCACAACACAAAUAAUGAGCACAAAUUUGGCAACCACCAUAGUCGACCGUCGCACAGCCGAGUGCUUUGCAUUCUCGAACUUAAGGGAAACCAGCAACUGGCGCUGGCUGGCUGACUACUUUUACUUUCACUUUUGCGGACGAAAGCUUGCACGUUCCCGUUUGCUGUGGUUGAAUGUUUGUUCAGUCCUGGGACUCGAGUUCUGAGACUGGUGGUGGGGCGUUUUUUUUUCUUCUCUCAAAAUAGCAAUACAAAUUAUGGAUUUCCACAUUCAUUGUUUUUUGGUGGUGGGCCAAAAUGGUGCACGGUUGUUCGCCUGGCCGGAAAUGAUCGUUCCCGGAGAGGGAAAGAGUGUGAGUGAGAGUGUGCGAAGGGAUAAUAAAACAAAUGGAGCUUCACCACUGGGUGUAUACGUCUGCUGCUGCCGAUGCUGGCAAGUCUCGAGUGGAUUGGUCUGGUGUGGUGGAUUUUCCAUUUGAAUUCCCCACGAACAGCUCACGUUACAUGAAUCUGUAAUUACCGUUGGCAGCCGUUUCCACGAGGUACGUGGAGCUGGAGAAAAAUAUUCCCGCCAACAGGGAGCAAAACAAAAAAUCCUUAGAACGUAGCGGAUUGUCUGGUCGAUUACCUUUUGCCGUGUGGUUCGCUACUUGGUGCCGGUACGCUUCGGGCACCUUUGUAGGCUUUCACCAUUGUGCGGUAUCUGUUGGCUGAUACCGUUGCAUAAAUGUAGGGCACACGUGCUUCGUCUCGGUGGCCUCGGUGAUGUAUCGUGGCGCGGUCUGGUCGUAUUUUGAAUUCCCAUAAUGCUUGUCGGCACAGCAAGUGGGAAAUUCUACACACCUUUUACGGUAGACAGGCAUACCACCACUAGGAAGUGGAGACCCCGGUGUGGUUAGAAGCUCUAAAAAUGGAUGCAUGUUCGCUGUGUGUGUCCUUUUUUUUCGGUACCUUCACCAAACUCGUACGCACCCCUGAGGCUUCACGCGGAUGCUGCGGAUUCCGAUGGAAACGAUCAUUACUUGGGCUCGCGGCACCAGCCACUAGCGAGCUGUUGGGCGAGAAGAUAAACAUUAACAGCACAUUUAACACACAUACACGCUCGUACACAUACAGGUAGGCUUUUGUGGAAGUUGUUAGUUCGCUUUUUUUCUCUGUUUUCCACGUCCUUUGCCGAGCCGCGUUUUCCUCACCAGACCAGAGAUUGUUAUACUAAUGCUUUUUCGCGCUCUAUACGGUAAAACAGUGGAGCGGAGCCAGCCGUCAAAAGGAGCCUUCGUCGAGCCAGCUCCCGUGUAGAGCAAGUUUUACUUUCAUCGGUGAAGUUUAAGCAUUCGGCAAACGCGGCAAUGAUGCACACCGCAGUUCGACCGAUUGUUCGAAUCGGUGGAAGAGAAAGAAAAAGAGACUGCGCUAGGGUGUUUUGUUCGUUCUGGGACGUCUGGGACGAUAAUAAUGGGUUUGGCUGGGUGCCCACUUGUGGCACUGCCGAUUGUUGUUCAUUGUUGGGCGUACAUGAACUACCAUUACUACGCGGCCACUAUUACUAAGCGGCAGCAAACAAUAGAUAGUUUGUUUUUCUCCCCACCUGUGCAGGAAAAGCGCUGUCCGCAUCAUUUACCGCGAGUAGUUGUUUGUGACGGUGCAAUGAAUGGGAAGCAGCUUUUGUGGUAAGCGGUCGGAUUACACAAAAGCGACAAUUGUCAGUCAUUGUUGGUGUAAGGAGUAAGGUUUUUAGAGGGAAUUAGAGAGAAAAGAGAUGGUUAAAAUGAAAAAAAUUGCUCUGGGUUUUUGGUCAUUGAAAUGAGCUUCUAUCGUUAUGCGCCUAAAGGUAUGCAAUGCUUUGUUUCAUAAGGGCUGUAAACGGUCAGUGAACUCCAUUAACGAAAAUUGCCGCUUUACUUACUUACUUCAUGGCUUGCUGCAGUCUUCCUCACUGCUGCUUACGGUCUAGCGUUGACGUCUACCAUUCCCGGUCAUUCUGAAGGACCUAUCCACGCUAUCACUCGGCAUUUGGGCAUAUUGUGCCUUAGUUGUCCAUGUACACAACCUAAAAGGACAAUAAGGCAUGAGUUGUCCGGUGUGCUUCUCACUACAUUACUUGAGCUCGUUUUUGAAGCGUCAUCUCCAUUGUCUUUCCACAAAGUCGCGACUAGGAGAGCUUCUUCUUUUUUGGAGUCCAUGUCUCAGAGGAGUAUGUGAGUACAGGGACGAUUAUUGCCCUUUACAGUCUUUGCCUUUCAAGUAACAGCAGCCAAACACCCUGACGCGUAUCUCAACAUUUAUGUUGAAACCGUUGCUGACUUUGACCACGGAUAAGUGAAGUUCUCGCACGCUCGAUUCUUAAGUCAGCUUUUCAAGCAUAAAAGAGUCUCAAACCAAAGAUAUCUAUGUCAUCAGCGUAUGCCAGGAUCUGGAUUGACUCAUGGAAGACAGUCAGCAAAAUUAUCACCUCCGAGUCAUGGAUGGCUAUUUCUAGCUUCAAAUUGAAGAGAAGACAGGCAAGUCCAUCUCCUUGGUGCAGGUCAUUGGUGACAGCAAAGGCCCCUGAGAGUCUUUCUGCCUCCUUUCCUAACCGUAUGGAGGUGGCUGGUUAGCUUGACCAAGAUUUUAAAAGAGCUCACUGGAUCGAUGAGGAGGUGCUGCACCGCCAUCUUCUCCAAGACUUGCUGGUUGGAGCAGAUCCAGCAAGCGCUCGAUUUUCCCGCUUCGGAAUAUUCUCUGAUAGUUACCAACUAUCUCUACGAUAAAUGGAAUAAGUAAACCUUGCAGUAACAGAGAAAAAAUCUUGUAGACGCUAUUCAGUUACCUCAUGGGAGUUAAAACAAAAUAUGCUUUGAAUAUUGUAUUCCAUAUCCAAUUUUAUUAAUCAAAUAAUGCUUUGUUUGUUUAACUCAAUAUGGAAACCAUGUGCUUUUUUCCCCGAUGGAACAAACAACCUUCUGCGUUCGCAGUAGCAGAUUACAAUUCAAUUUUUAAAUGAGUUGUUAAACGAAUUUUGCCAUCGCCAACACUACCUGAACAAUGUGAUAUGUAAAUUGGGAAAACCUCCCACCCGGAUGCGGAUCGUAAAAAUAGGCACACAAAUCCACUUAAUAGAAAACCCUGUCUUCCAAGCGCUCCAACGCACCGGUGACUCACAUAACACUGGAUAAAACUCAUCGAAAUACUUUCACCACGAUUUUCAGCCCACCGUCUCUCUUCUCCCGCUUGCUCCCCACACUUCUAGCUCGUUUGUUGCGAUCGUACGCGAGCUGGUGGGAAAUUGUUGAAAUUUUUCCUAUCACUUACCAAACCGACCGGCAAACGCUGUGAACUGACGCGCUGUAAGCAACGUUGUGCUCCCCGGAAACCCGUACGAGAACGAGUUUUGCUAAUUUUUACCACAAGCCUAACACGUUCCGACGAGCGUUGUGAGCGAUGGACGGGAGCCGCUUUUCUGUCACCUGGUGCCCGUAAUCACCGUACCUUCGUGUAUGUGAGUGAGACUUUGAGCUUCGAACCGGGGGGACGAAAAAAGUCAAAAUGUUUGAUUAGAUUAACAGGUAAUUGAGUGCAGCUGUGUGUGUGUGUGGGGGGCGGUUGGUACCUUGUCAAACCAUUUGAGCAUAUUUGUGACGGUAGAACGAAAAAUCAACCGACCGAUACUGCAACACCGGGAGAAGUUUUCCCGGUGGUGGGACAACAAAAAAAGAAAGUCGCAACCGAGUCUACUGUACAAAACAUAGGAAAACUCAGUAACCGAUCCGUGUGGUGAUGGAUAAAAAGUUUCCUUACUGGAAUUUUUCGAAGCCGUAAAGGUUUUUUGCUGUUGCUGUUGUUGAAUUUUCCGAAAAUGGAUCCUCCCCCUAGAUCAUUGCCACACAUGCUUCGGAUGAAAUGCUGCUGGAAACAAAAGGAAGGAUAAAAGCAAAUUCAUUUACAUAUGGCGCUCAUCGUACGUCCUUUUUCUUAUCACAGGUGGGAAGGUUUUUGGCCGGUUUUUCUCUGGGAUGGCUGAAAGUUUUAAAGAGGAAAAACAAGCUACAUCGCCGCAUCCCACGUACCCGCGCCGGCUAAUCAGCUAAUCGGUCGAGCAUGGAAUGAUGAGCCGCCCGGUUACAAAUUAGUCAAAGUGAAUAUUUUGAUAAAAUCGUCCACGGGUUCGUGGUGUUCACGAAAGCACACCGUUUCCUGACGUGUUGCCACCGGUAUUUGCUUUCCCCCUGGGUUCGCGAGGGCACGCGGACGCGAGCGUAGUAAUUAGGAUAAAUUAUGUAAAUGUGGAUAAACUCGGGCUCAAGUUAUUAUUUUAUUUAUCUUAUCCGUACUCCCGACCGCAUCGAAUUAGUAGCACGUCAAUGGGCGUCCGUGGCCUGCUUGGUGAAGGGACCCGGAUAAAAAGGAACCUGGUGAAGGUGUUUUGCGAGAGAGUAAAAUGCUGCAAGUGGCUAGCCGAUGGGGUUUUAUCAUUUGCCUGCCAUUACGGCCCUAGCCAAACACGGGGAUUCCGUGGGCGAUGAUCCAUCCCUGGAAAAGAAAGUAUAAGUGAUGAAUAUUUAUAAGCUGCCGGCUUUAGUUUGGUCGGUGUUUUGGUCUGAGACUAGGAACCGCCGGGUCGAUCUGGCGCCCGGCACGGUGUUUCUUGAGGGUUUGAAAUGUUUCGUCGAUUUAAGUUUGGUUUGAAAGCGCGAUAAGGAUACACAGCUGAUACGGGGCAGAAGGUCCGUUUCUGUGCUAUGUUUCUUUCGAUUACGUUUUAAAUGGAAUUACGGAGCUUCGAAUGGCUUACCUAUCACGACACGACGAAACCAUUGUUCUGAUAAAUUAAGCAUAGUAUCCUGCAUACAGUAAAACUAAUCACCAAUAGGUAAAAUGUUUGGCAACCAUUACUCUACUAACAAAGACUAACGCGGUGAAUGAGCAAACAAUUGUACAGUGGAAUGAAAUGAUGAGAAAAAGUUGAAAAUAAAAUAAGAAAAAACAA